GGUAGAGUGGGCGGGGCCGGCUUCUGCUGGGACCAGUGGGAAUGUGGCUGUGGCGGACCGGUGUCCCCGCUGAGUCCUGCUCCAGGGAGGAUCAUGAAAGCGCCGGCCAGGCUGCCCCUGAUCCUGCCGAGGGCACUACCGUUGCUAUUGCCGAUGCUGGCCGUGCUCGGGGCGGCGGAGGACGUGCCCACCUACCCGUGGUGGGACGUGGACACGCAGGAGUGGCUGACGUGUGGCCAGUGUCCCCCAGGCACCUUCGUGCACCGGCCGUGCAGCCGGGACCACCCCACGACGUGCCGCCAGUGCCCUCCUCACCACUACACGCAGUUCUGGAACUACCUGGAGCGCUGCCGGUACUGCAACGUGGUCUGCGGGGAGCAUGAGGAGGAGGCGCGGCCUUGCUCUGUCGUCCACAACCGUGCCUGCCGCUGCCGCCCAGGCUUCUUCGAGUUUGCGGGCUUCUGCCUGGAGCACACGCCCUGCCCGCCUGGCUAUGGAGUGGUUGCCCUUGGCACCCCCACCCAGGACACACAGUGCCAACCAUGUGCCCCAGGCACCUUCUCGGCCAACAGCUCCAGCUCGGAGCAGUGCCAGCCCCACCGCAACUGCACAGCCCUGGGCCUGGUCCUCAACGUGCCGGGCGCCCCCUUCCGUGACGCCCUGUGCACCAGCUGCACAGGCCCCCCUCUCGGCACUCCAGAACCAGGGAGUGCAGGUGACUGGACCGGGGCAGGGACCGAGGAGUGUGAGCGCGCCCUCGUGGACUUCGUGGCUUUCCAAAACGUCUCCCUCAGGAGGCUCCUGCAGCUGCAGCACGCCCUGUCGGGCCCGGGGGCAUGGACUCCCCGCCGGCCCUGGGAGGACCGCCUGUCCUUGCAGCAGACACUGCGGAGGCAGCUCACGAAGCUCCGCGAGGCCCGGCCCGGGGCGCUGGCGGCAGGGCUGCUGCAGGCCCUGCACACGGCCAGGCUGCCGGGGGUGGAGCGCACUAUCCGGAAGCGCUUCUCCCUGGCCAGCUGAGCCCCUUAUUUAUUCUACUGACAGGCACCAAGUUUAGUUUUUAUAAAACCCUUUUGUAAAACUGA